AUGGCAGCUACCGACUACCACACAGAGGCUCUCUCCAAGCUGAACCGUCCAGGCCUGUUUAUCAAAGAUGCAUACAUCAACGGAGAAUGGGUUGCCAAAGAAACCAAAUUUGACGUUUAUGAACCAUCAACUGGCACCGUUCUUGGACAGGUGACUGACUGCAAUGUCGAUGACUUCAAGCAAGCCAUUGAAAGUGCAAAUGAAGCACAGUCAUCCUUCUUUGAAAACACCACCGCGGCUGCUCGUGGUGCGCUGCUACGGAAAUGGUAUGACUUGGUUAUGCAGAACAAGGACGAUCUCGCAACUAUUCUAUGCCUAGAGAAUGGCAAAACGUACGCCGAAGCAAGCGGAGAAGUUGUCUACGCGGCCGGUUUUAUCGCUUGGUUCGCUGAAGAAGCAACCCGGGCAUACGGUGCGACGAUCCCAUCCUCAUCUCCUAAUACCACACUCUGGACUAUCCGCGAACCCGUCGGAGUGUGUGGAAUCAUUACACCAUGGAACUUCCCAGCUGCCAUGAUCACCAGAAAGGUUGGACCAGCCAUCGCGGCUGGAUGUGCGGUGGUCAUUAAGCCUCCGUCUGAAACGCCCUUUACUUGCCUUGCUUUGACGAAGUUGGCCAUUGAGGCGGGUAUUCCAUCCACGUUGAUCCAGGUCUGUCCUACGAAGAAUAGAGAGGCAGCGACGGAGUUGGCUGUGAACCCAUUGGUUCGGAAGAUCAGUUUCACUGGUUCUACGAAUGUGGGUAAAAUGCUGGCGAAGCUGGCAGCGAACACAUUGAAGCGGGUUAGCUUGGAGCUGGGCGGUAAUGCACCGUUUAUCGUGUUCGAGGAUGCAGAUUUGGACCUUGCCGUUGAGGGGGCGAUGUUUUGCAAGUUCAGAUGCUCCGGGCAGACUUGUGUUUGUGCAAAUCGUCUCUAUGUGCAAAAGAAUAUGGCGAAAGCCUUCACUGCCAAACUAGUCGAAAAAGUGGCAGCACUCAAGACCGGCCCUGGCCUUGAGCAGUCCACCUCGCAAGGCCCUCUCGUGAACAAAUCUGCAGUCGACAAAGUCCGAGAGCACAUCACCGACGCCGUAUCAAAGGGAGCAAAGCUUGAGAGUGGAGGCAACGCCCCUACUUCAGAAGGCUUCUUCCACACCCCAACCGUCCUCUCAGGCGUCAACUCUACCAUGAUCGUCAGCAAAGAAGAAACCUUUGGCCCACUAGCCCCAAUCCUGGAAUUCGACACUGAAGAUGACGCUCUUCGUCUUGCCAACGAUACUGAAUUCGGUCUUGCUGGAUAUUUCUUUUCAAAAGACAUUGGCCGGGUCAUGCGCGUGGCCCAGAAAUUGCAGGUCGGCAUGGUUGGUGUCAACACAGGCAAGAUCAGUGCCCCGGAAGCACCAUUUGGAGGCGUCAAGGAGAGUGGAUAUGGAAGAGAGGGCAGUCUAUAUGGAUUGGAGGAAUAUCAGCAUGUGAAGAGUGUUACUAUUGGAAAUUGGUAG